AUGAAGUUGAGAAGAGUUGUGUUCUCUUUGCACCUUCGUGUGGAUCCCCCCGUCUUUGAGCACCUUGUGAACACAAUCCUCGUGCACCCAGUUUUCCACAACAACUCAAACAACCCACAGUUACCUGUCCCUCAUCAUGAUGCCGUAAUCCAUUUCGACCCACUCUAUGAGGAUGACCAGAUUGAGAGGGAGUGGGCAAAGAUGUGGGUCGAAGAGCAAACAUGUCCUGAGUGGAGGGGGGGGUUUCUAUGUAUCGACGGCACACCAUUUAACCUGUUUCAAAAGCCAGGAUGGCACGGAGAGGGCUUUUAUGACUGUAAAUCGAAUUACUCACUAUCAGCUCAAGUAUGCUACAAAUUAUAA